AUGGCUCAAAUAAACUUCUUGUGCUACCUAUCUCAGGCCAAUGACCGUAACGUGACCCUGACCCCUAUUGCUUUUGUAACAUUGCCCUCUGCCAUCAUGUCAACGACCGACCAGGCUGAUUCGCACCUUAGCACGGAGUCUCCUUGUACCACCACAGACUCAACUACUGAAAAAUCACUCAGCCUUCCUUACAACCCUGUUCCUCCACCCCAUGGCCCCGAUCGCCGCUAUAUUUUAAAUCCCAAACAAUGUUCUCGACAAGAGAUGGCACGAACUCAUGCCAGCCGAGGUCGAAUACCCCAGCAAAGAGUCCUUACCGAUCCAGAGAAUCGGCUUCGCGAUGAAUUUUCCCGGAUGGGUAUCGUAUCUUUACCCUGA